ACCAGAGAGGAGCCCAACAGAAGUGAUCUCAGCGCUGCUGCUGCGGCGGAGUCGGAGUCUGACGCUGGCCGAGCAUUUCUCGCUUGAGAGAAACAGACAGUCCCUGCUUGAGACAAGAAGCAGUCAGGGGAUUAGACAUUCACUGCGGGGCACAGGAAGGCAUGAAGUGUGAGGGCUGCAGUCUGGAUCUUGUUACAGAAAACAACGUGCUGCCAGUGAGUGUCGGGCAAGGUGUGUGCGGUACUAGAGCAAAUAAACACAGCUCCCAGCCUACCUCUAUACAACAGGCAGCAUGAGGGCUGGAGGAGGCUGCUGCUGCCUCUUAACCCUUUCUAGCAAUUCGUUCCCUGCUAAGAAGGGGUAGGAACGGACAAGCAACAAGGAUAUUAUUCUGUGCGAGCUCUAGGUGCAUUUUAAUAGGAAGCAGCCGAUUCAUACCAGACCUGAGGAGGAAAAGCAAAAGCUUUAGCAGCCAGACCAGGCUCCUCCCACCCACAGGAUCCUCUCAAGCAUUUCCAUGCUGCUUCUGAGGCAGAGAGGCUGCAGCCAGAGCCAUGGAUUGCCUUUAACUCUACACAUUAUGCGGACAAGAAGACCGACUGGUUUUUCAUUGAAAUAGGGGAGCUUUAGGAUUUUCCAUUUCAGACUACCUUGGAUGUACUGUUGUUUUAAUGAGCCUUUCUAUUACCCUCUGAACCCUGGAGGAUAUUGCUUGAAGUGAAAUAUGUUACCCCAGUGGAUGUGAAGCCCAAAGCGUGCAGUACCAGCAGCAGCAGGGAAAUAAGGAGAAGGUGAAAAUGAUUUGAGGAAAGGUUUCUGCCAACUGGGCUCAUUGCUAGGUCUUCACAGGGGGAACUGGGUUGGUCUGGAAGCACAAAGCCGCCACUUGGCAUUCCUACACACUCCUAGUCCAAUCUUGGAUACAAAGUAACCCACCUACAAGUUGCCUUCAGCACCUCUCACCAUGAGCUCAGUGACUGGGAAUAAAGACAGGAUGGCAGUUACCUCUAGAAGCAGGAAAUAUGGGGUAAAUGAUGUUUGUUCUCCCACAAAAUCAUCAGCCCCUUUCUCCCCAGAAAGUUGGUAUCGGAAAGCCUAUGAGGAGUCCAGAGCUGGUAGCAGACCAGCUCCAGAAGGUGCUGGUUCUAUUCCAGGUUCAUCAGGGACACCUUCCCCUGGGUCUGGCACUUCUUCCCCUGGUUCAUUUUCUGGCUCACCCGGACCUGCAUCUCCUGGGAUUGGCAACAGUUCACCAGGGUCUCUUGGAGGAUCUCCUGGAUUUGGCACAGGGUCUCCAGGGUCUGGAAGUGGAGGAGGAUCAUCUCCAGGUUCUGAUAGAGGAGUGUGGUGUGAAAACUGCAAUGCACGUUUAGUGGAAUUGAAGAGGCAAGCCCUGAAAUUAUUACUGCCAGGACCCCAUUCUAUCAAGGACCCUUCACUCACUACUGUGAUUCAUGAUAAGCUACAAGUUCCUAACACCAUCAGAAAGUCCUGGAAUGAUAGAGACAACCGAUGUGACAUAUGUGCCACUCAUCUUAAUCAACUCAAACAGGAAGCCAUCCAGAUGGUGACAUCACUAGAGCACUCUCCAAGUGUUGACCACUAUGAUGCAUCUCCAGGGUCACCAACUGGUCAUUCCAGCAUUCCAGCUUUGGUGGGUCCAAGGCAAAUGGGAAGCCUUCAGCCAAGAGAUUGGGUGUAUAUGCCAAAUCCUUAUUCCACAUCGAGUUACCCUGGGUUUGUAGCAAGCAAGCAUGCUGGAAAACCUAAUAGUUUAGGGCUGGCAAAUGGGCAAGAUAAGAAAACUGUGUCCCCUUCACACCAGGCCAAGGUCAGUCUUCAGAUGGCAACAAGCCCAAGCAAUGGCAAUAUACUGAACUCAGUGGCUAUACAAGCUCAUCAGUAUCUCGAUGGCAGUUGGUCUUUAUCCAGAACUAAUGGAGUGACACUAUAUCCCUAUCAAAUCUCUCAGCUCAUGACUGAGACUGGCCGUGAAGGAUUAACUGAGGCAGCACUAAAUCGCUAUAAUGCUGACAAACCUUCCAUAUACAGCUUUCCAGCAUCGCAGAGCACUUACGUAGCCACAGAAACAUCCACCAGCACCUCAGUAGCAGCUUCUUUCUUUGCAAGGGCUGCUCAGAAAUUAAAUCUCUCCUCUAAAAAGAAGAAACAAAGGACUACUCCUUCUUUAGUGUCCGAAACGCCACUCUUUUCCACCAGCUUCUGUGGUAUUCUUCAGACAUGUCCGCCACCUGCACCGCCAUGCCUUCUCAGGGCAGUCAACAAAGUAAAAGACAACCCAGGACUGGGAAAGGUAAAAGUCAUGGUUCGAAUUUGUUCCACACUUGUUGGAGAGUCUGCUGAUUCCAGCUCAUUCUUAAAAGCAGAUCCACGUAAAAAACAGAUUACAUUAUAUGACCCAUUAUCCUGCAGCGGGCAGAAUGCCUUCCAAAAGAGGGGCAGUCAGAUACCUCCGAAGAUGUUCGCUUUUGAUGCUGUCUUUCCCCAGGAUGCAUCGCAGGCAGAGGUAUGCGCUGGGACAGUUGCUGAAGUCAUACAGUCCGUGGUGAACGGGGCAGAUGGCUGUGUUUUCUGCUUUGGCCAUUCAAAGCUUGGAAAGUCAUACACAAUGAUUGGAAAAGAUGACUCCAUGCAGAAUCUGGGCAUCAUUCCUUGUGCUAUUUCAUGGCUCUUCAAACUGAUCAAUGAACGCAAAGAGAAGACAGGAGCACGUUUCUCAGUCAGGGUGUCAGCAGUUGAAGUGUGGGGAAAGGAAGAAAAUCUAAGAGACCUGCUAUCAGAAGUAGCUACAGGCAGUCUACAGGAUGGCCAGUCACCAGGGGUUUAUCUGUGUGAGGACCCAAUAUGUGGCAUGCAGCUGCAGAACCAGAGCGAAUUGCGGGCUCCCACAGCAGAGAAAGCAGCCUUCUUUCUGGAUGCAGCCAUUGCCUCACGAAGGAGCAGUCAACGAGACUGCGAUGAAGAUGACCAUAGAAACUCACACAUGUUGUUUACUUUGCAUAUCUAUCAGUAUCGCAUGGAAAAGAGUGGAAAAGGAGGCAUGUCAGGAGGUCGCAGCCGAUUACAUCUUAUUGAUUUGGGGAGCUGUGUCAAAGUGCUGAGCAAAAGCAGAGAUGGAAGCACUGGGCAAUGUCUCUCACUGUCAGCUCUUGGCAAUGUAAUCCUAGCAUUGGUCAAUGGCAGCAAGCACAUCCCUUACAAAGAGAGCAAGCUCACAAUGUUGCUCAGGGAGUCUCUGGGUAAUAUGAACUGCCGCACUACCAUGAUAGCUCACAUUUCAGCUGCUGCGGGCAACUACACAGAGACACUGUCCACUAUCCAGAUUGCUUCCCGUGUUCUAAGAAUGAAGAAGAAGAAAACCAAGUACACAUCAAGUUCAUCUGGAGGCGAGAGCUCAUGUGAAGAAGGACGAAUGCGAAGGCCUACUCAGCUAAGACCAUUCCAUUCAAGAAAUGUGGUUGACCCUGAUUUUCCUCUUCUAAGUUUAUCUAGUGACCCAGAUUACUCAUCAAGCAGUGAACAAUCCUGUGAUACAGUUAUUUAUGUAGGUCCCAAUGGAACAGCUUUGUCAGAUAAAGAGCUGACUGAUAAUGAAGGACCUCCUGACUUUGUUCCAAUAGUUCCAGUUCUGCAGAAGACAAAAAAUGAAGUAAAAUGUGAGGAAAUAAGUGAAUCAGUUCCGAACAAACCAGAGAGAGAUUGCUUAAAAUGUAAUACUUUUGCGGAGCUGCAGGAAAGAUUAGACUGCAUUGACGGAAGUGAGGAAACAAGCAGUUUUCCGUAUGAAGAAUUACCUGUUCCAUAUGCUGGAGAUCAGACUACCAAAGGAUCUGGAUUGACACAAGUAACUGAACCCAAGGACACAACAGAGACAAAAAAAGAGGAUAACAUUCCUGAAAAUCAGUCUUCUGACAAGGAUAGCAGGGAGUGUUUGGGUGGCACAGCACACAAAAUGCAAAAAAUUCACUCAGCUGCGGGACACAUAACUGAUAAUGCUACACCUUCUUCUCCCCGCAGUGUAACAGGUAGCUGUGGAGCUCAAAGUAGUAAUUCACAGCUAGGUCAGAAUAACAGUUUACAGGGCAGCAGAGAAAGUCUAAAUAGUCUUGGAUUCGUAGAAGGAAAACCAAGAGCAAUGGGAUCACCUAGACUGGGCAUUGCUAGUCUUUCUAAGACUUCAGAAUAUAAGCCACCAAGCUCUCCUUCUCAAAGGUGCAAAGUCUAUACACAAAAGGGAGUAAUACCUAGUACCAGCCCUUCCAUGAAUAUUAAAGACUCUGUAUCACACAUUGCAGAAACAUUGCCACAACCAGAAAUCCGCACUCCUCCAGUAGGAAUGAGCCCACAGGUCAUGAAAAGAUCCAUCUCUACGUCUGCAAGUUUCUCUGCAGAUGCAAUACUUCUAGAUCAACAGACAAACAAUUCUACAGCAUCCAAAAAAGAAGUUCUUAGCACUACAAUGGUCACAGUGCAGCAACCACUGGAGCUAAAUGGCGAGGAUGAGUUAGUAUUUACCUUAGUUGAAGAACUUACAAUAAGUGGAGUCCUUGACAAUGGACGUCCUACUAGCAUUAUCAGUUUUAAUAGUGACUGCUCUGUCCAGGCUUUGGCUUCUGGAUCCAGACCUGUAAGCAUUAUUAGUAGCAUAAGUGAAGACCUUGAGUCAUAUUCAAAUUCUGCUCCUGUUUCAGAAGUUAGUAUCACACAGUUUUUGCCCCUUCCUAAGACAACUUUAGAUGAAAAAUGUCAGGAAGGGUGUAGCAGACGUUCAUCAAUAAGUUCAUGGUUAAGUGAAAUGAGCACAGGCAGUGAUGGUGAACAAUCCUGUCACAGUUUUAUUGCCCAAGCGUGUUAUGGUCACGGUGAAGCUAUGGCUGAUCCUCCUAUUUCUGAAUUUACAACAGCACUUCAAAAUAUAAGUGUGAUGUGUACCAGCAACAGGCAGAAUUCAGUAACAGAAAAUACACAGGCACAACCAGAAUUGACAGAGGAUUGCAAAAUCAAUGUAUCACCGUUAAAGGGCUGCAAAAUAUCCACUUUAGGAAAAACUACAGUUACUAUAUCAAAAUCUUCAAGUUUAAGUGGCUGUGAAAGCUGCAUUCCAAUGAAAACAAACAUUACAGUAUAUCCUUGUAUUGCAGUGAGCCCCUUUAAAUCUCAGGAGUGUAAUGAAGGUCUUUCAGGAGUCAACCAUUCUAACAAAACCCCCCAGCACCAAGAAAAUAGUGAUGCUAACUGUAAAGUAGAGCCUACAUAUGAUGAUCCAUGGUUAAAACGUGAAGAUGAUGUAAAAAGGGACAUCGCCAGUUCAAGCGAUGUUAUAAGUAGUACAACUGACCACGAACAAGACAGAAACCAGAAAAUGGUAGACAGAUUAAGUAGUAGCAGUGGGGAAGGGAGCAUUUCACCAGUGCCAGACAACAUAAAUAGAAUAGUGGAUGGGUGUGAAAUGGCGUUAAACACACAGAGCACAGUUCAUUUAAGUGAUAAUUAUGAAAGAGGAAGCCUUCCAAGGGUGUCAGAGAAGUCAGAAAAACUAGAAGCAGAAGAUAUCACCAGCAAUGAUGUUGAUAGUAGCACAGUUAGUUUUGUUACCAUGCAACAGUUCUCCAAAUCUACACUUGAAAGAAGAGUUGCAUCUCCAAAACAUUGCAUGCUCACUCGUCCCAAAGGAAUGCCACCAUUGCCUCCAGUAAGGAAAUCAAGUCUAGAUCAGAAAAACAGAGCUAGCCCACAGCACCAUGGUAGCAGCCCAUCAAAGCAUUCUUUGUCUUCCUUACCCAGUCUUCCCGAUGAACUUAGCAUGAAAUUGACAGGAUUGAGUACAGAUACUAAAAGCAACAGCAGCAGCAAAUUAUUCAGUGCCAAACUUGAACAAUUAGCCAGCAGAACCAAUUCAUUGGGAAGGUCCAAUGGGAGUCAUUAUGAAUGUCUGUCUUUAGAAAGGGCAGGAAGUCUUUCGUCAGUCAGUUCACGAAUGGUCUUUAGUAAAGACAGUACCCUACCAAGAUCUGGAAGAAGCCUAAAUCGAAGUACCAUGUCUUCCCCAAUAAACUCAUCACUUUCACAGUCAGCUGGUUCUUCUCCUAAAUCUAGCCCAUGUAAAAUAUCAGCCGUAAGCAAGCUUCUUCUUGCUAACCCCAAAGCUCGGAGCCUAUCAGCAUCUACUACCAAAACGCUAAGUUUCUCUACAAAAUCACUCCCACAGUCUGUUGGUCGAAGUUCAAGUUUGCCGCCAAAUGGUAAAAAUAUGUCUUGGUCUACACAAUCCCUUAGUCGGAGUAAAGGUUCUGGACUUGCUUCUAAGUUGCCACUGAGAGCAGUUAAUGGGAGGAUUUCAGAGUUGCUUCAGGGAACUGCUGGCAAUAGAGGUGUGCAUUCACAUGGGAAUACUGACUCAGAUGAGCGUGGCACUCUACAUGGAGAAGAUAAACCAGUUGUGCAUACUUUACCUUCCCCUUAUAGCAAAAUUACACCCCCUCGGAAGCCUCAUCGUUGCAGUAGUGGGCAUGGCAGUGACAACAGCAGUGUGUUAAGUGGAGAACUUCCUCCUGCCAUGGGAAAAACUGCAUUGUUUUACCACAGUGGUGGGAGUAGUGGCUAUGAAAGCAUGAUGAGGGACAGUGAAGCUACAGGAAGCGGAUCCUCUGCGCAAGACUCUAUGAGUGAAAACAGUAGUUCCCUAAGUGGAAGGUGCCGGAGUCUUAAAACAUCAAAGAAACGAUCAAAUGCAGGAUCACAAAGGCGGAGACUUGUACCAGCUUUAUCUCUUGAUGCUACCUCCCCUGUUCGGAAGCCAGCCAACAGCCCUGGAGUUCGCUGGGUUGAUGGCCCAAUGUGCAAUGGACAGAGAGGUCUUGGAGAACCAUUUGAGAUUAAGGUCUAUGAAAUAGAUGAUGUGGAAAGGCUCCAGCGACGCCGCAGUGAAGACUGCAAGGAGGUCUCCCGCAAUAAUUCGAAAAUAAAAAUCCUGGAGCAUCGUCAGCAGAGAAUUGCUGACAUCAGGGCCAAGUAUGAAUGGUUGUUGAAGGAACUAGAGAUCACCAAGCAGUUCCUCAUGCUGGACCCAAACAAAUGGCUCAGUGAAUUCGACUUGGAGCAAACCUAUGAAGUUGACUCCAUAGAGUAUUUGGAGGCCCUGGAAUGUGUAACGGAGCGAUUGGAGAAUCGAGUCAAUUUCUGUAAAGCACAUCUAAUGAUGAUCACUUGCUUUGAUAUCACCUCACGCCGUCGAUAAGGGCUGAACAAAAGGAAUUAAUGGAGGAACACAAUUUAAUAAUAAACUUCUUUACCCUUUAUAAACUUCUUUACCCUUCCAACAACACUCAAAGACAAUGGAUCUAGAACAAAAGUUGGAGCAAGUGAUGCUGGGAAGUGACAAUGAAUGUGAUGAAAGCAAAGAAUGUUUUCAUUGAGGAACAGCACAUUUCAAACUUUAUUUCUAUAGAAAAACAAGUCUGGUAUCAGUGCAAGACUGCAAGACUGACGAGAGCACUUUGAAAAACUUUUAAGGUUUAUUUUGUAAAUAAAGACUGAAGGCAAAAGUGAGAUAUUUCCUCCCAAUGAGCAGUGUGGGGGGAUUGUAGUGGGACUUGGAGCAGCGGCAGUACUGUAUGAAGAAGAGUAAUCCACGGUCAGACUGAUUAAGUGCCUUUCAAACCUUUAUUAUCCAAACGUUUAUGUUCAUAUUCCCCCUGUGUACAGAUGGUGCUAGUCACAGUAAAGAAGAAAAAUAAGAAAAAAAAAUCUUUCUUUUUUAUGUAUUUGAGGUUUGUUUUCUCGUGUAUAUCCCUAUUUCUGACUUGCUGUUUUGAGUAACUUGUGUUUGUUGCAAUGUUUCCUGAGGAGUACAGCAAAUAACUGUGUUAACUGUCUUUGUUAACAGUGUGUGGACACCCAAAGCAAAGGAUUAGGCACGUGGUCAGUAUCUGUUAAAGGCAUUUUGUGACAGCUGCUGAUGCCGUACAGCUUUGCAUGCAUGUCUAGGUAUACAGUAUUAAAUGUAACGUGGGCAGAGAUCCAUACAGUAUUAAAAAGAACAAAAAAAUGUA